CUUGCCACUUCAAUUCAGUUGCAGCUCUUCUGAAUUAAGUAAACUUUGUACAAUUUCUAAUACCUUAUAGUCUGCAGGCAUGGUUAUUAACGGCGUCACGAUGCUAUUGGUGGUUUCCUUAAUGAUGUUGGGAUCGGCUUUGAGUGGACCUACGGCAUCUUCCUACACUACCCCAACACCUUAUACUACGCCGGCUUCUUAUUACGCCUAUACUGCCUACACCACGAUGCCGCCCUACUAUACCACGAUGCCGCCCUACUACUCCACCAUGCCGCCCUACUACACCACCAUGGCGCCCUACUACACCACCAUGGCGCCCUACUACACCACCAUGGCGCCCUACUACACCACCAUGGCGCCCUACUACACCACCAUGGCGCCCUCUUACACUACCAUGGUCGCCUAUUAUGCUACGAUGGCUUCCGCUUACGCUACAAUGUCUCCCUCCUACGCUACAAUGGCACCCUCCUACGCUACAAUGGCACCCUCCUACGCUACAAUGGCACCCAGCUACGGCACAAUGGCACCCAGCUACGCCACAAUGACACCCAGCUACGCCACAAUGACACCCAGCUACGGCACAAUGGCACCCAGCUACGGCACAAUGACACCCAGCUACGGCACAAUGACACCCAGCUACGCCACAAUGGCUCCCAGCUACGCUACUAUGGCACCUCCCUACGCCACAAUGGCACCCCCCUACGCCACAAUGGCACCCGCUUACGCCACAAUGGCACCCGCUUACGCCACAAUGGCACCCGCUUACGCCACAAUGGCACCCAGCUACGCCACAAUGGCCCCGGCCUAUGCUACCAUGGCCCCCUCUUACGCCACAAUGGCACCCGCCUAUGUUACAAUGGCCCCAAGCUAUGCCACCAUGGCCCCAGCCUACGCCACCAUGGCCCCAGCCUACGCCACCAUGGCCCCAGCCUACGCCACCAUGGCCCCAGCCUACGCCACCAUGGCCCCAGCCUACGCCACCAUGGCCCCAGCCUACGCCACCAUGGCCCCAGCCUACGCCACCAUGGCCCCAGCCUACGCCACCAUGGCCCCAGCCUACGCCACCAUGGCCCCAGCCUACGCCACCAUGGCCCCAGCCUACGCCACCAUGGCCCCAGCCUACGCCACCAUGGCCCCAGCCUACGCCACCAUGGCCCCAGCCUACGCCACCAUGGCCCCAGCCUACGCCACCAUGGCCCCAGCCUACGCCACCAUGGCCCCAGCCUACGCCACCAUGGCCCCAGCCUACGCCACCAUGGCCCCAGCCUACGCCACAAUGGCCCCAGCCUACGCCACAAUGGCCCCAGCCUACGCCACAAUGGCCCCAGCCUACGCCACAAUGGCCCCCCCAUACGCCACGAUGGCUCCCUACUACACAGCAACCGAGUCCUACUACACUACGAUGGCAAGCUACUACAUGACAACGCCCAGAUCUCAGUUAUUGCCUUUAUCUAGUUUGACUACGAUCGUCAUGAAGCAACACAGCUCAUGA